AUGUCAUUUUGUCCUCUCAUCAAGAAGCUCUCCGCCACGCCGACACUCGCUGCCCUCAAUGGCACAACCCGAACAGCCGUAGCAGCCGACUCACAGGCGGCGCUCCAGGCAAACAAGGCUACGUUCUUUUUCCAGCUGGAACGCGAAUUAGACAAGGUCAAUGCCUUCUAUCUGCAAAAGGAAGCCGAGCUUAAAAUCCGCCUUAAGACAUUGCUCGACAAGAAGAAGGUGCUGCAGUCAAGACAAGGCAUCUCGAGACGAUCCGCCAAGUUCACGACGCUCGAGGAAGGCUUCCAGCAGUUCGCCACCGAUCUUAAUAAGCUGCAGCAAUUCAUCGAGAUAAAUGGCACGGCGUUCUCGAAGAUCUUGAAGAAGUGGGACAAGACGAGCAAGUCAAAGACAAAGGAGCUGUAUUUAUCUCGCGCUGUCGAGGUUCAGCCGUUCUUCAACGCAACAGUGAUCAGCGAGUUGUCAGAUCAGGCGACGACGAGCUUGCAGGAGCUGGGCGCCUGGUCAGAUGGCAUUCAGGUUGAUUUUCGAUCGUCUGGCCAUGUUGUUACCAGUCAACAUUUCCUGGGCACAGACGAAGGAGAUGCAGACACGCUCCUGCUCGACACCGUCGUCACGGGUAAUAUUGCAACGUUGCGAGACCUGCUCGCCAAGAUGAAUUCGUCCUCGAGCGAAGGGUCGGACGGCGACAGUUCAUUGAUGGAGCGAAUCACUCGUACGUUCUUGGCCGCCAUUUACGACGCCCCGAUCGAGACGCUCCUGGUUCUUCUCGAGACCAAGCUGGUUGAUUUGCACUCGUACGACGACAUCAACGAGAGGAAUUGCCUGCACCAGGCUGCCAUUUACGGAAAACAGCACGUUCUCGAAUGGGGCUUGGCCGACGGAGUGGCUGUGGAUCGGACAGACGUCUAUGGACGAGUUCCUUUGCACUAUGCUAGUUUACAUGGCCGGAUCGAUAUGCUCGAGGCGCUGCUCAACGCGAACCCCAACACAAUCGACAUGAUCGACCACGACAACUUCACACCCUUAAUUCACGCCAUUAUCCAUGGGCACCUCGAGUGCGUGGAGAGGCUGCUUAUUAAGUCGGCACGACUCGACCCUCUGACGGACGCAGACCAUGUGCCACUGAAUCUGGCCUGCGAGCAUGGAUCAGUUUCGGUAGUAAGGCUAUUGCUCAAGCACGGCGCCAACAUUCUACCCGAUGCUGAGGGCCUGUACCCGCAACAUCUGGUAGCUAGAUCUGGGCAGACGUCUGAGCUGCUCCUCCUGCUGCAGCAGUUUGGCGCCGAUCUUGAUCAAGUGGACAAGCUGUAUGGUUGGACGCCACUCGUGCAUGCUGCUAGCGAAGGCAGCGUUGACUGCUUACGGGCGCUGCUGGAAGCUGGCGUCAAUCCAAAUGUACUGGACGAAAAAGACUUGCCGGCCAUGUAUUACGCUGCGUGGGAGGGCCACCUCGCAUGCAUGAAGCUUCUCACCCCUUUCAACACACGCAGCCGUACCAGUCCUCUGAUUCAGCAGCCUCUCCUUGGGUCCCGGGGUAGUAGUAGUGCGCCUAUGCCCAUGGCCUUGGACCCGGACGCGAUUCCUGUUCUCGAACUGCCCCCUCCCAUAAUACCACUACGCAGGUACGGGCACAAUUUCCUGGACACCAAGACAGUGGUUCAAAUCAGCUUCGAUACGGACGGACAACCUCUUGUUUUCUUCCAGGAUGGCAAGUACCCGGCUGCUCGGCUUACCAUCUCCUCCAAGGUCUCCGACCUCAUCCCGAAGAACAUCAUCCUACCAUUCCAAGAAGAUACCCGCAUUGUUUCCUUCCAGGUUGACCAUCUGGACUCAUUCUCACUCGACUUCGAUGUGUUCCCGGCAUACGGCGCCAAGGUUAUCGCCAAGACAGUGGUUCUACCCAGUACCUUCAAUGCCUUGCAAGGCAGCACCAAGUGUUUCCUUCCCCUGUUCGACCCGCGCUUGAGGGCUAUCGGGCAGAUCAGCUUCAAUACGCAGGUCAUCAAGCCAUUCCAGGGCCAGCCUCUGGAAAUCACUGACUUUGAGACGUACUGGAAGGCGACGAGCCAGUUUAACCAGCCGACAAACCCAAUCGUGACUGGGUCUAGCCUUUCAGGGGACUACGUCAGGCUCUUUGUGCAGUACACCAGCGAUGGUGUACCUGUUCUCUGGCCUACAUGGUCCAUCUCGUGUGGUGGCAUCGAGAUACCUGUCUGUCGUCUGUCCCUGGAGCAAUUCACUGCUACGACCGCUCAAUCUCAGGGUCGUGCAGGGCUGGCAGCACUAGCCAACGGGCAGUACACUGACAUCGCCUCUGUCUACCAGAUCAUGGCUACGGCGGGCGCCACAUUAUCAGAUGCACUAUCGUGGCUACCGGCAAACAUACACGCCAACAUACACAUACUGUACCCGACAAGUGAGGAGGAGAAGAGCUUGGCGCUGGGGCCUGCACUGGAUGUCAACGUCUUUGUUGAUUCUGUUCUAACCAUUGUAUUCGAUCACGCUCGCGCACAGCGGGUCCAGUCGCCAGACGCUGUUCGAUCCAUCGUCUUCAGCAGCUACAACCCACAACUCUGCACGGCUGUCAACUGGAAGCAGCCUAACUUCCCAGUCUUUCUCUGCAACGAUCUCGGCCGGGAAGAGACCAUGCCCCCGCCGAGUGUCAUUCACAGCAGCGGUAGGAGAAGCGCCUCACUCAAGGAGGUGGUGCGAAUCGCGCAGAGUAAUAACUUCAUGGGCCUGAUGUGCUACUCGCGCCUACUUAACCAGGAUAUGGUCCCUGCCCUCGUCGAUGCCAUAAAAUCGCAUGGUCUCGCACUGGUCAUGGACAAGUCUGCCGAUGCGCCCGAAUUAAGUCCCCAAGUCGAACCUUCUGGACGAUCUGUGCCCCAGGGUGUGGACGGGGUACUGCGCAGUCACGGUGUCUUGCGUUUCAACGACUCAAUAGACAUGUAG